AUGGUAAAAGCGCCACCCGUUUCAUACCAGCGCCUCUUCACUGCCACCAGCGUGCCGGCGACAGAUCCGCUGGGCCGGGCGCGUCCCGGCUUGGUAGGGCCCAACUGGUUCCCGGGAGUUGCCGGUGGACAUUCGCGAGACGUACCUGCGAGCCGCGUCCUGCUCCGCAUCGUGGCCGCCAGCGUGCCCCGCGGCCCGGACGUGUUCGACGGCUUUACGGGGUGCCACCUGGUGGUCUUCCUCAGCUCCGAGCAUCACCCUCCCGCGAGGACGCCGGUCUGGGCUGUGGCCCGCACACCGAUUUUGAGGCGCUCGCCGAAGCUGCUGGUGCAGGACAGGCUCGGAGGGCUGCAGGUGCAGCACGGCGAUGCGUCGAUCGCUAGACGUAGACGGAUAGUUACGGAUGCAUCGCAUGGCGCGUGGCGCAGGGCUCGACCCAGCACCGCGUGGUGGCGCCCUAGUCCUGCUUUCUGCUUCAACGGCAUCACCGACCAUCGGAUUGUUCCGCUCGACGGCAUGCGAGCUGACGACGGCAAGAUCACGCCAAUGAGGAAGCAUACGCAGCGUGGCCGACCGCUUCAUGUCAUGACGACCUCUCUGAAGAAAGAGGAAGCAUAUGGCGGUGGCUUGAGGUAG